AUGGAAGUAAUUCAGACCAUGCAGGAUGAUGGCAAUUCGAUUGGUGUGGCAGCUGCUAUUUAUGAGGAGUGUGGCUUUUUAGCUAGAAAUUUUUCCAGUAUUUCUUUUGUUCAUUGUCCCAGGGAAAGUAAGAAGAACGCUCAGCAGAACAGGAUGAAGCCCCUGAUAGACGCAGCCAUUGGUGACUUUUGCGGCAACAACGGCACCUUGUUCCCCGGAAAGAUGGUGAUCGCCGACUUGGGCUGUUCUUCUGGCCCAAAUGCGCUAACACUGGUAUCGACUGCCGUCGAGGCCAUCAUGAGCCACUCCCUUCAGUUCCAGCAUCCACCACCAGAAGUGUCUGUGCUCCUCAAUGACCUUCCUCACAAUGACUUCAAUAUGGUUGUGAAGAGCCUGGUCACGCUCCGUCAAAGCAACAACAAGUUUGUUCUUGUGACUGGUGUCACACCAGGGUCGUUUUACGAGAGGCUCUUCACUAGUGACUCCAUGCAUCUUAUAUGCUCAUCCAACAACUUGCAUUUGCUCUCAAAGGCUCCUGAAGAUUUGUCGAGGAACCAUAUCCCUGCGUACGACACGGAUGAACAUGCUAGGCAUGAAAGGCUCCGUAUGGUCCGUAAGGCUUAUGCGCGGCAGUUCAGGAAAGACUUUACCCUCUUCCUGAAGCUGAGAGACAAAGAAUUGGUUCCAGGAGGCCGAAUGGUUCUUUCCCUUGUAGGGAGGUGUUCUGAUGUAAUCGCCUCCAAUUUCUUUCACAUCUGGGAAACCGCAGCUCAGAUUCUAGGUGUUAUCGCCUCAAAGGGUGUCAUCGCCAAGGAGAAAUUUGAUUCUUUCUACAUUCCUAUGUAUGGACCCUCUGCUGAAGAGCUGAAGGAGAUCAUCGAA